AGUGGACAUUUCAUCUGUUUGGCUUUUCUCAGAAGAAAGUUUUUCUCCUCUGGAUAUUGUUGUGGUAUUCAUUGCUCUUCGCCACAAAAGGCAGGAUUAUUAUUUCCGAAGGGUCACAUUUUGUUGUCUGAGGUUUCUGAUGCCAGCUCAGAGAAAUUUUUCAGCACAGCUGCACUUAAAGUUCCACCAUAUGGCAUCAAUGCGCUCUCCACCAAUGGCAGCCAGGAGCCUCAAGGCCCAGGCUUUCUCAAGGUGUCAGGCCUAGAGCGCAGUCAGGAGAGGAGCCAGGAAAACUGCAGGGACUCUCAAUCCCCUUCAGCUACUGCCCCCAGUCAGCCUGUGUCCCCACAACCCCUGCCCCCACCCCAGCCCCGGCACCAACUAUUCCUUCCACGGUCUCCGUCCUCACAGCGGACUCAGGCAAACAUCCCCGCCCAGACUUUGCCUUCAGUUCCACCGCUUCCCCUUUUAGAAUCUCUGCCCAGGCAUCACCCGCAGACACCCGCAGCCGUGCCUCUUGCCCAGGGCCAAGUUCCGUCACCGGCGCCCCCUACCCAGCACGUGCUGAAACUGCUACCCCAACACCGGCCUCAACAUACACCCAAGCUCCACCCACGCCCACCGUUGCCUGCCCCUCCCAAUAACCAUCCUCACCAAGCACACCCCACCCAAGCAGGGCUACACCGACCUCCUGCACGCUGCCAGCCCAGGCACCUUUCUGCCUACAACGGCUUCAACCUCAACAGCCACAGCAGCAGCAGUAGCAGCACACCUGGGACCAAGCCCCAAGGGCAUCCUGCUCCUUCCUCACACCUUCCACAACCCCCGUCAGGUGCAGCAGCAUCCACCUUCCCCUUUCCCCUGGUGGCUAACCACAGCGCCCCCCAUAACUUCCCCCCUGCACUGCAGUCCUCACCGCACCUUCAUCACCCCAAUAUGUUCGCUCCUCCAGCGGCUUUGCCUCCACCACCACCGCUAACGUCGACCACCCUGCCAGUACCUGGACAUCCUGCUGCUGGGAGCGCCUACUCAGAGCAAGACCUUCUGCGUCAGGAGCUCAACACCCGUUUCUUGGCCUCCCAGAGUGCCGACCGCGGCGCCUCACUGGGCCCCCCGCCCUACCUGCGCACGGAGUUCCACCAGCACCAGCACCAGCAUCAGCACCAACACACCCACCAGCACACGCACCAGCACACCUUCACGCCAUUCCCCAAUGCCAUUAUGCCCACCCCAGCACCGUCCAUGGUGCGUACCCCUGCCAGAAAUUUUGACAAAUACCCAACUAAAGUUGACCCCUUCUAUAGACACAGUCUCUUUCACUCGUACCCACCGGCGAUGUCAGGCCUCCCCCCUGUCAUUCCCUCUACUGGACCCUUCAGCUCCCUGCAAGGGGCAUUCCAACCCAAGACCUCUAAUCCUCUGGAUGUGUCCACACGACCUGGUGUUGUCCCGAAUACUUUCCUCCAGAAAGACCCAAGACUAACGGAUCCAUUCCGGCCAAUUCUCAGGAAACCAGGGAAGUGGUGUGCCAUGCACGUCCACAUUGCCUGGCAGAUAUAUCACCAUCAACAAAAAGUCAAGCAGCAGAUGCAGGUCGACCCUCACAAGUUAGACUUUGGCCUCAAGCCCGAGUUCCUGAGUCGACCUCCAGGCCCGAGCCUCUUUGGCGCCAUCCAUCACCCCAACGACUUGGCUCGACCUGCAACGCUUUUCUCUGCUGCAGGUCCAACACAUCCCUCCGCAGGUCCCUUUGGGCACCCGCCCCACCACCUUGGAAACUUUCUCACCCCAGGAUCUCACUUGGAACCUUUCAGUCGGUCGCCUUCCUUCGGAGGACUUGGAUCACUCAGUUCUUCAGCGUUCGGAGGGCUUGGGAACCCAUCACUAAAAUCCCUGGCAGCGGUCAAUUCCAUGUUUGGCCAUAAAGAUGGCCCCAACACGCAGCAGCACUUUGGCAGCAGUACCACCAGUAACCACCAGGAGCCCUGGAACCGCCUGCAUCGCACGCCGCCGUCAUUUCCCACGCCCCCGCCUUGGCUGAAACCCGCAGACUCUGAGAGAAGCGCCUCGGUCAGCUCGCACGAGAGGGACAGGGAUUCUGAUAAACGAGACUCGAUGGGUGGUAAAGAUGAAAAAGACAGAGAAUCAGUGGAGAAACGUCACCCAAGUCAACCCUCGCCAGUUCCAGUGAACUCCAUCAGUCUUCUUGGUCACAGUCGUCCUCUCGAGCACAACAGGAACCAACUUCCUCCGUCCUCUGGAGACGCUCAGAGAGACAAAGACAACAAUUCCAAAGAGAGGGAACACUCUGAUAUUUGGAAAGACGGCUGCUCGGAUGAGCACAAGACAAAAGACAACCCACCAGGCAAUAAGGACACGCCCACUAUCCACGAUGGCAGAGAGCCAGAGGACGUGGUGUCCAACAGGGGCACGGCGUCACCUUACCUCAGACUGAGCGGUCUAGAACAUUCUAAUGGAGGUUUGAGAAGGGAGCUUCUGGACAAGAAAGGUGAACUUCCCUUCGAGCAGCAGAAGAAGAGCAGUGAGGUGAAAGUGAAGGAGGAGAGAAAAGAGGACCAAGAUGGCGCAGGUGAGAAGCCAAGCGAGCACACGAUGGCGCCCUCUGCUCCAAACCUCCACCCGCCGUCCCCCAUGCCUUUGCCCAUGAGCCUGGCAGGAGUCCAUCCGAUCAACAACCUCAGCAGCCUUGAGAGAAGUCGAGUGGUGGCACCUUUCCUAGGCAUCAGUCCAAUCCCUGGAACGGAACGCUUCCCUUACCCCGCCUUCCACUGGGACCCCAUGAGGGACUCCAUGAGAGACCCCUACAGAGGACUGGACAUUCACAGACGGGACCCCCUGGCAAGGGAUCUGUUGCUAAGGAACGAACAUCACCGACUGGCUGCUCCACGUCUUUACGAGGCCGAGCGCGCCUACAGGGACCGCGAGCCUCACGACUUCAAUCGCGUCCAUCCGCUGGCCUUGGAGCACAGGAGGGAACACGAGCGCGCUCAGUUGGAGGAACGCGAGCGUCUGCUGAGAGACGACUAUGAGCACGGGCGCCUGCAUCCCACAAUGCACCACCCGGCCCUCGACGGACACCUCCCCCACCACGCUCAGGGACUCAUGGCGCCAGGACUCCCGGGCAUGCACUAUGCCAGAGUCAGCCCCUCGGCCGCUGCCCACCAUAACAUUCUCAACAAAACUCCGCCCACCGCCUCUUUGAGCGCUCCGCCCCCUCUCAUUCCCACGCUUGGUGGCAGGCCGGGCUCGCCUAGACGAACUAUUGCCUUGGCGGGCGACAUCAGAGACAGAGCGCCGCACAAAGACAUCGAAGCGCGAUGAGCGCCGCCCUCAUUCAGCACUUAGUGAGGAAUGUAACAUAACUGUGAAUACGUGCCGCGAGGACACACCCACAAUUCAUCGUUUUAUAAAAACGUGUGUGUGUGUGUGUGUGCCUCCAGUCUUUCUAUUGUAGAGCAAAGAGAAGCGAGACUGACAGACAAAACGUGUGAAGUCGCUGUGUUGGAACAGGAUAUGCAAAUGAGUGACUUAAAGCUUUACGUUCAACAUUGACAUCAUUGUUUAGUGAUCAGAAUGUGUUUUCUGCAGUUCUACUAUGCAACAAGUCCGACCCCCUCAACACUUCACCACGACUAGGAAUUAACAACAAAGUGUUUUCUCUCCACAACUUUACACUUCAACAAGCUUCGAACACAAAGUACUACCUCGGUUUUUGUGCGUAAAUCAUUCCAAAAAUUCAGACUUCAAUAAUGUUUUUUUUGUCAAAGUGCUGACACUCGCAACUUUCUACGGCCCCACUUUGGCUAUUUUGCAGUCGUACUUAAUUAACAAAAAAAAAAAGCACACCGUAUCUGAAAGAUCCUUCACUUAAAGGGACUGUUUGCAACAUUUACACACAUACCUAUAGGGCGCCAACUUCCCAAUGUGUUUUAAACUUUAUAAUGGUCUCCUAAAACAGUGGUUUUCAACCUUCCUUCAGUGAUGUACCCCCUGUGAAAAAUUGUUUAAUUCAAGUACCCCUAAUCAAAGCAAAUCAUUUUUGGUUGAAAAAAAGAGAUAAAGAAGUAAAAUACAGCACUAUGUCAUCAGUUUCUGAUUUAUUAAAUUGUAUAACAGUGCAAAAUAUUGCUCAUUUGUAGUGGUCUUUCUUGAACUAUUUGGAAAAAAAUAUAUAAAAAUAACUUAAAAGUUGCUGAAAAAUAUACAAGUGAUUCAAUUAUAAAUAAAGAUUUCUACACAUAGAAGUAAUCAUCAACUUAAAGUGCCCUCUUUGGGGAUUGUAAUAGAGAUCCAUCUGGAUCCAUGAACUUAAUUAUAAACAUUUCUUCACAAAAAAAGAAAUCUUUAACAUCAAUAUUUAUGGAACAUGUCCACAAAAAAAUCUAGCUGUCAACACUAAAUAUUGCAUUGUUGUAUUUUUUUUUCACAGUUUAUGAACUUACAUUCAUAUUUUGUUGAAGUAUUAUUCAAUAAAUAUAUUUAUGAAGGAUUUUUGAAUUGUUGCUAUUUUUAGAAUAUUUUAAAAAAAUCUCAUGUACCCCUUGGCAUACCUUCAAGUACCCCUAGGGCUACGCGUACCCCCAUUUGAGAACCACUGUCCUAGGACAUUAUUAUGUAACUGUGUACGUACAUAACACAUGCACGCGCAUUAAUUUGGAUGUUGUUAGCUAAUAAUAUCAAUUUGGAUAGUUAGUGAAUGGUAAAUGGGUUAUACUUUUAUAGCGCUUUUCUACCUUCAAGGUACUCAAAGCGCUUUGACACUAUUUCCACAUUCACCCAUUCACUCACACAUUCACACACUGAUGGCGGGAGCUGCCAUGCAAGGCGCUAACCAGCACCCAUCAGGAGCAAGGGUGAAGUGUCUUGCUCAAGGACACAACGGACGUGACUAGGUUGCUGGCACGGCCACUCUCCCAACCUCGCCCCUAAAUGUAUAUUCCAUCAUAUCAACAACAUGACUGAAAAUUGUUGAGUUCAGUCUAUUUCGAACAUGAUCGUUGCUUCUCUUGAACUGCUUUUGUAUGUCUGCACACUAAACAUCAAUCUAUUUAUCCGGGGCCAAUAAAAAAAAUUGUAUUACGUAAACUUGAUAUUUGUGAAAAAUAUAGAGUUUUAAGACCAAUGCGUUCUGUUGAACCACAAGUUGUAACAGAAGCUAGCCAAUGGUGUUCUUGUAUUAUUGUUUUUGCUUCUAAAAAAAUAUUACUAGUUGCAAACAGCCUCUUUAACACUUGGAAUAACGCAGUGCACUUGAACGCAGCGCAGUGAGCAAAGUGCUUCGUUCAUCUGGUUUGCACAUGAAGAAAGGAUACAAACAUCAUUAGUGUGCACUCGAGGAGCAAAUAAACUACAUACACACUUGAUAAAGAUAAUUAAAGGAUUCCUAUAGCGACUAAAAUGAUUACAGAUUAAAUCUAAAAUGUUGGAUAAUAUGCCCUGUGGUGUGCUUACUUGUGCAAAGCUGGACAGCCAGUUACAUAUAAAUGUCCUCCAAUAAGCACAGAGGGUUGGUCUUUUUCUGUAGUUUAGUCAAGGCAUUUACAAUAGGUCAACAUGAGAAGCUAUAGGCCACUAGAAGCAAGCAGCUACACAACACCUAAGCACAUGAUAGCAUAAAAGCUCGACAUACAUAAAAAGUGACUUUCAUUAAACAAUAUUCCAGUCCGAAACAGCAUGUUUGUCAAUAUAAGCAAGUAUCAAAUACCGUAUUUUUCGGAGUCGCUCCGGAGUAUAAGUCGCACCUGCCGAAAAUGCAUAAUAAAGAAGGGAAAAAACAUAUAUAAGUCGCACUGGAGUAUAAGUCGCAUUUUUGGGGGAAAUUUAUUUGACAAAACCCAACACCAAGAAUAAAAAUUUGAAAGGCAAUUUAAAAUAAAUAAAGGAUAGUGAACAACAGGUUGAAUAAGUGUAUGUUAUAUGACACAUAAAUAUCCAACUAAGAAGGUGCCUGGUAUGUUAACGUAACAUACCGUAUUUCCUUGAAUUGCCGCCGGAGCGCUAAUUAAUUCAAAACCUUUUCUCACUCCUGCACUUAUCAAAGGCAUGUGGUAAAAGUAAGCAUGCGCUAAUUAUUUUAAAACCUCUUCUCACUCUGGCACUUACCAAAGGUAUCCAGUAAAAUUUUGAGUGUGAUGUAAACUUGGACCUUAAAUCCUACUGAAUAGCUCUUAAUCUUCUUCCCUUUAUGCAAUUUCAAAUUAACGGUAUUGAAAUCAGCCUCCUCCAUUUUGAAAAUGAUGACAAGGGAAGUGUCACUCGUGACGUCACGAGUUUGACCAGGCGGUAAUUCAAGGCAGGCGCAUAAUAAAUGCCCUGCGGCAAUUCAAGGAAAUACGGUAUUAUGGUAAGAGUCAUUCAAAUAACUAUAACAUAUAGAACAUGCUAUAUGUUUACCAAACAAUCUGUCAGUCCUAAUUGCUAAAUCCGAUGAAAUCUUAUACUUCUAGUCUCUUAAGUUAAUGAGCUAAAUAAUAUUAUUUGAUAUUUUACGGUAAUGUGUUAAUAAUGUCACACAUAAGUCGCUCCUGAAUGUAAGUCGCACCCUUGGCUAAACUAUGAAAAAAACUGCGACUUAUAGUCCGAAAAAAUACGGUAAUCAAGGAAGCGUACUACUUGAACAUAUUAAUCCGAAGCAGAAACUUAUUACAAAGUAUCCAGUAACAAACGCGUCGCAUCACUCAACUUGACUGCGACAUGGGCAAUAAUAUUGUGGCCACUAGAUGUCACCAAAAAACAGCAUAAUUCCAUUCAGGAUGGUUCUUCAUAACUACAAUGUGUUCUCUGUUUGACUGAUUUCACUUGAUCAUACCUUUUCUGGCAUUACACACUACAAAAUAAAAGUAUGUAUGAUACUUACUGAGAUGGUAUCAAUAUUGGUAUUGGCCAACCCAAAAUGUUGAAAGAGCAAUAUUGGACCAAAAAUACGAAGAAAAAAAAACUACCUGGAGCCGCAAAAAAAUACAAU